UCCAGCCCGGUGUGCCUUUGCCCGGUGUGUCUCUGCCUGGGGGCCCGGCACCCGCCGCUCCGCCUGAGGGCCCGAGACCUGUCGCUCCGCCUGGGGGUCCGGCGCCCGCCGCUCCGCCUGAGGGCCCGAGACCUGUCGCUCCACCUGGGGGUCCGGCGCCCGCCGCUCCGCCUGAGGGCCCGAGACCUGUCGCUCCACCUGGGGGCCCGAGACCUGUCGCUCCAUCUGGGGGUCCGGCGCCCGCCGCUCCGCCUGAGGGCCCGAGACCUGUCGCUCCGCCUGGGGGUCCGGCGCCCGUCGCUCCGCCUGGGGGCCCAAUGCCUGUCGCCCCGC